AUGUUCCAUCGUUUAGUUAGAGACAUUCAUUAUCGAAAAAAUUUAAUUGCUGAUCAAUUGGUUAUUAAUAUGCAUAGAUGGAUAUGUGAUCCAAAUUCUUUAUUAUUCAAUCCAGCAAUUAAAAAUGCUUUAACUAUUUUAAUGAAAAAAUUGUGUUUACUUUUAGUUGCAGAAAUGCAACGUUUGGGGGCUAAAGUAAUUUAUUGCUCCUUUAGAAAAAUUGUUUUUUCUACUCAAAGACAUUCCCUACCUUUUGCCAAAUCUUUUGUAAAUUCUUUAUUAAUCGAAAUUAAUCAAAAACCAAUUUUUGCUUCUUUACAAUUAGGAUUAAUUCAUUUUUCAAGUGUUUUGUUGUGGAUAGAUUCUUCUAAUUAUGCUUAUGUUUAUGCUAGUGAAGAUGAGAAAAAGAAUGGACGUGUUGAAGCAAAAUUUGGUUUAGCAAAUAAAAUACAAGGAGAAAUUAAAAAUAAAUUUAUAAUAAUGAUUGCUGGUUUUGUUGGAAUGUUGUGGAAUAAAAGGAAGGAAUUAAAUGAGGAGGAUUUAAAUGACAACCCUCGAUUACUUUCACAAAUUUCAUUAAAAAUAUUAAAAGAAGAAAUUGUUGAUAGUUUAUUUCGUUUAACAACAAAAUUAAUUUUAUUGAGGCCAAAAUUGGAAGAAAUGGCUAAAGAAAAUUUUUGUUUAGAUAUUCCGUUGGAAUUUGUUAAUUGUAUAUGUCGAGUUUUGAGUGUUAAUUUAGCUUUGGAAGAAGUUGUGGAUAAUUUAAAGAGCCAAUUAUUGUUAAUUAUUUACAAGGAUGGCAUAAUAUCUACAAACCAAAACAAUUGGAUCCCUCCGACUUGUGUCAUUUUGGAAAAUAUUUUUUGUCAAAAAUGUUCACAAAAUGGAGAUUUGGAUGUUAGCAAUGAUUUUGGUAAAGGAGGAGAAAAACAAGGAAAAGAAGCCAACACCAAUAAUUUGCCCUUCCUUUGCCCUCAUUGUGGAAGUGAAUAUCCUUUAAGUUUAAUCGAGGAAAUGUUGGUUGAACGAGUUUCAAAAAUGCAGACUUCUUUUGCACUUCAAGAUUGGCAGUGUGUUUCGUGUAAAAAGAUUGGAGCAAAUUUUUUGCAUCGUCAUUGUGAAUGCAGCAACAAAUUUGAAUAUACAUUAAAGCCAGAGGAGCUGAUUCGCAAUCUUGAGAUGGUGAAAAGAGUAGCGAUUAAACAUAGAUUGGAGAAUUUGGAAUAUGUAAUUGAACAUGUUACUCGAUGCCUUCAAUAA